UCUGGGCUGGGCGCGGGGGGACUGGCUUUGGAGGAGGACCUGCGUGGUGCCACAGUCGCUGACUCCUUCCCUCCAGCGCUCGGUGUGCGGUCCAUGGCCUGCAGACCCUGAAGGGGCGCUGAGCCUCCUCCUGGUGGGCGAGGCACCGCGACACCAGCCAUGAGCAACUUCCAGCUGGAAGAUUUUGCAGCGGGCUGGAUCGGAGGUGCAGCCAGUGUCAUCAUCGGCCACCCUCUGGACACAGUUAAGACUCGCCUCCAGGCUGGCAUUGGUUAUGGGAACACACUCAACUGCAUCCGAACGGUGUUCAGGAGGGAGAGUGUCUUUGGCUUCUUCAAGGGCAUGUCCUUCCCCCUCUCCAGCAUUGCUGUCUACAAUUCAGUGGUGUUUGGGGUCUUCAGUAACACAGAGAGGUUUCUCAGCCAGCACCACUGCAGGGAGCCAGAGGCCAGCCCGCCCCGCACCCUGUCUGACCUACUCCUGGCCAGCAUGGUGGCAGGUGUGGUCUCUGUCGGGCUGGGCACACCUGUGGACCUCAUCAAGAUCAGACUGCAGAUGCAAACACAACCAUUCCGGGAAGCCCACCUUGGUUUGAAACCCAGAAAUGCAGCUUUUGGGAAGCAGCCAGCCUACCAGGGGCCAGUGCACUGCAUUGCAACCAUUGUGCGGACCGAGGGUCUGGCAGGGCUAUACCGGGGUGCCAGUGCCAUGCUGCUGAGGGACAUCCCAGGCUAUUGCCUCUACUUCAUCCCGUAUGUGUUCCUGAAUGAGUGGAUCACUCCUGAGGCCAGCACGGGUCCCAGCCCCUGUGCUGUGUGGCUGGCAGGUGGCAUGGCAGGAGCAAUUUCUUGGGGGACAGCAACACCCAUGGAUGUUGUGAAAAGUCGACUCCAAGCUGAUGGGGUUUAUGUAAACAAAUACAAAGGUGUCUUGGAUUGCAUCACCCAGAGUUACCAGAAAGAAGGUCUUAAAGUGUUUUUCAGAGGCAUCACCGUGAACACUGUCCGGGGCUUCCCCAUGAGUGCAGCCAUGUUCCUUGGGUAUGAACUCUCGCUGCAGGCAUUCCGCAGGGACCACACGGUGACUAGCUCCUGAGUACCAGAGCUAGGUCCCAUGCUGAGUACUUGAUUCUUGGACUUCCACUGGUUCUGCUAUGCUGACUCCACAUAGCCUGUACCCACUUCCCAACAGGACCUGGGCUGGUUGACACAACUCAACCUUAAUGAAGGAACUGGACCCCAACCUCACAGUAGACAUAAUGGGGAGGGUCAGCCAGCAACUCCCCCCUUUCUCAUAGAUUCGGGGGGUCAGUAGUUUUAGUAUGCAUAAGGACCCAGAUUUGAGCAGGCACCAUAUGGAAACAUAAUGCAAAGAGGAAGCUUCAGGAGCAGUGCAGUGGUGCUAUGGUCUCUCUUCUCUUUCAAUCCUUUCAUCUGAAACAAAGAAAAAAAAGAAGGACCUGAUGGAAUAAUAAGGGAAUAAAGUCCUACUGAAAGCCCUGAUAGCAGAAAAAUGGAAUACAGUUAACUCAGUUUUAAAGAAAGAUUGAAAUAUAGAUAUUUAAUUAAAAUUGUGUUGUACAGUAUAUUUGAAAAUUAAUAAGACUCUAUAUU